ACCGAUUUAUGAGCUUGGUAUUUAUUGUAUUGUCCUUUCUGCCUGCUCACAGGAAUCCGAGGCUCGCAUCCAGCAGAUGAAGUCAGAAUGGCAAAGGAUGACGCAGGAGGCCAUCCAGGAGAGCUCUGAGAAGGAGCUGCGGCGGCUGGAGGACCAACUGGCAGGCCUGCGGCAGGAGCUGGCGGCCCUGGCGCUGAAGCAGAGCUCAGUGGCGGGUGAAGUGGGCCUGCUGCCCCAGCAGAUCCAGGCUGUGCGGGACGACGUGGAAUCUCAGUUCCCUGCCUGGAUCAGCCAGUUCCUCCUCCGAGGAGGCGGCACCCAUGCCGGGCUCCUCCAGAGAGAGGAGGUGCAAACCCAGCUGCAAGAGCUGGAGAGCAGGAUCUUUGCCCACGUGACAGAGAUGCAGGGCAGGUCGGCCAGGGAGACUGCAACCUCCCUGGGACUGACACUGCAGAAGGAAGGCAUGGUCGGGGUGACUGAGGAGCAGGUACACCGCAUUGUGAAGCAGGCCCUGCAGCGCUACAGCGAGGACCGCAUCGGCAUGGUGGACUACGCCCUGGAAUCAGGAGGGGCCAGUGUUAUCAGCACGCGCUGUUCUGAGACCUACGAGACCAAGACAGCCCUCCUCAGCCUCUUCGGCAUCCCCCUGUGGUACCACUCUCAGUCACCUCGAGUCAUCCUGCAGCCAGAUGUACACCCAGGCAACUGCUGGGCCUUCCAGGGGCCGCAGGGCUUUGCUGUGGUCCGCCUUUCUGCCCGUAUCCGCCCCACGGCUGUCACUUUAGAGCACGUGCCCAAGGCCUUGUCACCCAACAGCACCAUCUCCAGUGCCCCCAAGGACUUCGCCAUCUUU